AUGGGUGUUAUUAGCAAGAUAGAUGAAGCAGCUUCAGAUAUCCCAUGGAGUGAAAGUCUGAAAUCUAUACUAACAGGAGCCCCUCAUAGCAAGCUUGGGAGAUUAGCCUUGGUGUACACCCUUGCUCAACAGAUCCGAAACCGUAUGAAAGUCAGGCUUCCGAAUCUCUUUUCAGGGUACAGCUUAUUUUGUUUGAAACUAGGGAAAUUAGGGAAACGAAAAAAAAUAAAUUGGAAUAAUAACAUGAAGGAAGAUGGACGAGAGAGAAAUCGUCGGAAUGCAAGAAGUGAGUUUGAAAAGGAGAGGACAAAGAUAAGAGAGAGGAAGAGGAGGUCCAUCACAUCCAAGAUCUUCCAUGGCCUCCGGGAGCACGGUGGCUACCGCCUCUCUCCUCGUGCCGAUAUCAACCAAGUCCUCCGCCACCUUGCCCAAGAAGCCGGAUGGGUCGUUGAGCCCGAUGGCACAACCUACCGCUCCACCUCUAUCACCACCGCCACAUCUAGUUGCAUCAGCGUAUGUCAGCUUUGUGGUGGAGGAAGAAACAGAGCUACACCAACAGGCAGCUCUAUGGGAGCCAACGCUGCCAUUGGCAGCGGAGAAUGCUCAACAAUAGGAGACCCCACCGCGGUCCAUCACUCAUCCCCUAACCUACCGUUCUACUGUGGAUGUGGCCCAAGCUCUAGUAGUACUACACUUGCUGUUCGUUCUUCGUGCUCAUCUCAUCAUGAUGCCAUGCCCCAGAUGCCCUCCAUCACCACCUCCAUCGUUUUUCAGAAAGGACAGUUGUACUCACUGCCGGUGGCCCAGGAAUCAAAUCAGAACUCGCCAAUGGAAUCAGCUCAGUAUCGUACUUGA